AUGAGAACAAACAAUCAGCCGAAAUGGGUUAACUUGCCCGAUGUUGUUCUUAUCGAAAUGUUUAAAUUGUUGAGUGACGCAGAUCGUUUACGCGCCUCCCAGGUCUGUAAAAGCUGGUCUCUGGCCUUUUCCACGCCGUGCCUGUGGCGGUCCCGCUCGUUUGAGCUGGGUGGAUAUCGCGCCCAGAUUAACGGCAACAAGGCCAGCCAGUUUGCGGAGGGCUUUGGAAGCUACCUACGAAAUCUUUCCAUUAGCUGCAGCCAUCCGUCCUAUUAUACAUGCAAACUUUUCCAGAAGUCCAUUGAUCAGCUAUUUUCCACGCUUAAAGAAGCCGAAACGCAGCUUAUCGAGUUUGAAAUGUGUCGCCUGGAACUUGAAAGGUACUGGAAAUAUGACACCCCGAAAGAAAAGCUCGUUGGCCUUUUCGCCAAGUUCCUAAAGACCCAGCGACGCAUCAAGUGUUUCGACAUGUCAACGGCGCAGCUGCCAGCAUACGGCGGGUGCCGAGUGCUUGACGCCGUGGCGUUCCAGUCGGGGUCCUCCGUCCAGGACAUGAUCAUAGAGGACUUCUUCCACUCCCGCCUCGUACUUCACUCAGUAAAGAAGUUCCACAAAACCAUCGGGAAGUUCACCAACCUGAAAUACUUGGCGCUCAACUACAACUGCCUCUCAGACUCAAUACUUGAGAUCUUUGCGAAAUCGUUGGAAGGGAAGUUAACCUUCCUGAACAUCAAAGUCUUCCGGUACGACCCUCACCUGCACAGGAUAUCCGGUUUAGCAUGGAAACGCCUAGCACGUGCGUGCCCGCAGAUGCGCGUGUCGUUCUGGAUUGAGAGUAUCGGACUGCACAACGAGAUCGCACCAAUUUUGGUCAAGGAGGCUCCGGUCAAGGACGUGCAUGUGUGGACUGGAUAUGACGACGACUCGGACUGGCGGCUGGCAGAUACCGUCAACCACAUCGCAGAGUCGUACACCAGCACUUUAGAGACUGUGUCGUUCGAGCUGGACAACACAGGGGAGAUCGUGGACGAGGCGCUGCUGGCGCUAGUGGUCCGCUGCAAGCGGCUCCGGGAGCUAAACGUGAACGCCAUGAUCGCCGUGCAAACCGUGGAAGAGCUCUGCGAGAUGGUUCGACACAGGAAGAUCGAUUUGACGUUGUUACAUUUGACCUGUUGUGGCCUGCAAAAUGAAGAAUGGAAGCUUCUAGCAUCUCUUGCAGACAUUCACGCGCAAACUUUCAAAGAAAUGAACAUCAACUUCAACCUUACUUGUGAUUUAUACAUCAUAGAUCCAGCAUAA